UCGGAACUUGGCCUUGCAGGCCAGCCCGGCUGGUCGCAUCCGCCUCAAGUCAGGCAACUUGGAUGUUUUCUGCGCUCACCGGAACGUGCCGUCUUUGCAGCAGGACCAGCAGAGAGAAGAGAUUCCAUCUUCCAGAGAUAUGAUGCAAUUAUUAUCUCAGGAACUGAAAUGGCCAAACAAAUCCAGAAAGAAAUCCAGCAUGGCGUGGAUUCUUGGGUUUCCCUUGGGAACAGAAGGCCUCACCUCAGUAUCAUAUUAGUGGGUGAUAACCCAGCAAGCCACACAUAUGUCAGGAGGAAGAUCAAAGCCGCAGCUGCUGUAGGUAUCUGUAGUGAGAUCAUUCUAAAACCUAAGGAUGUUUCUCAGGAAGAACUGUUGGAUAUAACUGAUCACUUGAACGCGGACCCGAGAGUCAGUGGUAUAUUAGUUCAGUUGCCACUGCCAGACCAUGUGGAUGAGCGGACAGUAUGCAAUGGAAUAGCCCCUGAAAAAGAUGUAGAUGGAUUUCAUAUUAUUAACAUUGGAAGACUAUGUCUUGAUCAGCAUUCUCUCAUACCUGCCACUGCUAGUGCUGUUUGGGAAAUUAUCAGAAGAACAGGAAUUGAAACAUUUGGAAAAAAUGUUGUUGUGGCUGGAAGAUCCAAGAAUGUAGGGAUGCCCAUUGCCAUGCUCUUACACACAGAUGGAGAACACGAGAGGCCAGGAGGUGAUGCAACUGUGACAAUAGCUCACAGAUAUACCCCCAAAGAGCAACUGAAGAUCCAUACUCUGUUGGCAGAUGUUAUCAUAGUUGCUGCAGGUAUCCCAAAGUUGAUCACAUCUGAUAUGGUUAAGGAAGGUGCCGCUGUAAUUGACGUUGGUAUCAACUAUAUCCAUGACCCAAUCACAGGAAAGACAAAACUCGUUGGAGAUGUGGACUUUGAAGCUGUUAAGAAGAAGGCUAGCUUUAUCACUCCAGUUCCAGGAGGCGUGGGACCCAUGACGGUGGCAAUGCUUCUCAAGAACACCCUUUUGGCAGCUAAAAAAAUCAUUUACUAGAUCACAUGAAAGAAUAAAGCAAACUGAAGUCAUGCUAUAUAUUUAUUUUACAAAAGGCAAAAAUCUUUAUAUUUUACUACAAAACUAUUCCUACAUUGUAUUUAUUUUUUCAUGGGUGGAAUCAUUUUGGAUCAGAUGAUUCACACAAUCUUAUGCAUUUCCUGCUAAUAUUUACUGGAAUAUUUUGAAUGGAUUUUGAGUUUUAGGAAAAAAGAAAACAACUGCAAUGACACUUUGGUAACAAUUGCUUGUUUUGUGAAUAUUAUUUGUUCAUAUUGUUAAAACAAUAAAGGGCUCAUAACAAAUGCAUAUAUUUUUGACACAAAUAUCACAGUGUGUCUUCAACAAAUGUUUUGUCAGCCAAGUGGGCUCCCUUGUAAAAUGUAAUUUAGAUUUUGCCAUAAUCAUACUCAAUUUUAUAUAUAUUUUAUAUUCUAUAUCGUAUGCUGAAAGAACGAUAGCACUAAGUUGUGUCCAACUCUUGUGAUCCCAUGAACUGUAGCCUGCCAUGUUCCUCUGUCCAUGGGAUUCUCCAGGCAAGAAUACUGAAGUGGGCUGCCAUUUCCUUCUCCAGGGGAACUUUCCCAACAUAGGAAUUGAACCCAGGUCUCCUGCAUUGAAGGCAGAUGCUUUACUGACUGAGCUAUGCGGGAAGCCCAUAUUGUAUGCUGAGAAAGAGCAAAAGAACUUACUUGCUAAAAGAUAAAAUAUUAAGAAUAAAAUUUUGAUUUCAUAUACUCCCCAAAUGUACUCCCCAAGGCAUACUAGUGAAAAAUUAUGCCCCAUUCGAGGAAAGAAAAAUGUGCAAGGAACCCCAAAAAUGGCAUGCUAGUUGGAAAGGUAUUGAUUAUUUCAAAUUGUGAAUGACUAUUUGACAUAGUAAAAAUGCAAUAAGAAUAUGUUAGGCUUACAUGUAAUUUCUUUGUUCUCCUACAAACAUAUUUGGAUAAUACGUUCCACAAAUCUAGAAAUCUAAUAGCAAAAUAGGACACAAUAUGCCACAGCUAAUCCUUAGGAUAUGACUAAAAGCCUACUGCCUUGUUGCCCACAGUUCUUUUCUCUUAUGGCAUUUGGUUCUCACAGUAGAUGCCAUGUUUUUAACAUAAUUUAAAUUAGAAAAUACAUGUGAUUGUCAGUUGAAGGCUAUUUGAGACUACCCUGGGCAUAUAAUUGUAUUGCUGUCAUGCCCAAAUCUCAGUGUGUUAAUGUACCAAUAAUGAUUCUUACCCAAUGCAUGUCUUUAUUAGUAUGUACUCUUAAUCAUUUGUGUGAAAAUAGACUAGAUGUUUAUAAUGAAUAGUAUUUCAACGUAUAAUAAAAUCAGUUUGGA